UCAAGGGUCACGACGCGGUCACACUGGCGGAAUUAAAAAAAAUAAUUUAAUUAAACUAAAGGCACCCUUGGGACAGCUGCAAACGGCCAUCGUUGGAGACAUGGAAGCGGAGCACCUGAAACGACUGGAGGCCAAGGAGGCGAACCACAUCCCCGCCAUCCUGGGCGAGUUCAACACGAAGCACGCGGAUCUGCUGAUCUUUGACAGCUUCCGCACGGACAACCAGUGGCACGAGCUGUGGCUGGCCAUCUUUGGCAUCCUCGAUGACCAGCGGCUGAGUCACCUGCACCCGCAGUGCCUGAACACGGUGAGGAUUCUCACGCGCGACGAGUUCAGCCUGCAGACGAACUACAUCGAACAGGAAGUGAACACACUGCUGAGGCUGGCCAGGAUCGAGGCCAGUUCCCUGAAACUGCCUGCCACGCCCGACGAGCUAAAGCAGCAGGAGCGCGAGGAGCCCCAGCUGGAGCCCAGCCAGGCCCAAUCGGAGGUGAUUGCCGAGGCGCUGAAGUGCCUGUGCAAUCUGGUCUACCAAAACUCCGACUGCCGGCGCCAGUGUCUGCGUCAGCACUGCCUGGACGCAAUCCUCAAGCGGGUGGCCUCCUCGAUGCGUCAUCCCUGCGCCCUGGAGUACUACGACAUGAAGCUGCUCUUCCUGCUCACCGCCCUGGAGCCGGCGGCUCGGACCCGCCUUCAGAUCGACCUGAACGGCCUCACCUACAUGACCAAGUGGCUGGAUGACAAACUGGGCGAGGAUUCCGCUGACGAGGAGCAGCUAAACAUUAUCUGCGAGCUGCUCAAGGUGAUGUUCAACGUGACCAGUGCUCCGGACAAAAGUCCUAAUGAGUAUGAGAUCCAGAGCUUGCAUUUGACGGGAGUGCUGAGGGAGCUGCUCCUUCGUUUUGGCGACAUGGCCACGGAUAAGGAGCGUGCCGUGGUCACACAUGCCAUCAAUUUGCUGACCAACAUUUCGGGCAGCUGCCUAACCGAACUCACCCUGCGCUGCUCCAAUGCAGAAGUGGAGUCCCUCAAGGAAAGGGAGCAGGAGAAGGAGGAGGAGAAAGGAGAGGACAAGGAAUCGGGGGCCAGGGCCAAGCCGCUCCAGUGCUGCUCCCAGUGCUUCGAGAAACGCAAUGUCCAUAGUCUGGUCGUGCUGCUUCGCUAUUUACGGCAGUCUCUGACCCAGCAGGAGGCCGAGGCCAGCUCGCAUGAGCUGCUCUUGCCGGUGCUCACUGUACUGGUGAAAUGUGCCCGCAGCGAUCGGGUUAUGCGUCACUAUCUGCGGCAGGAGAUCCUGCCGCCGCUGCGGGACGUGAGCCAGCGGCCGGAGAUUGGCAAGGAGCUGCGCAAUCAUCUGUGCCGGUUCCUCACAUUGCCCGCCAUGAUCCUGCGGGAUUUGGCCGCCGAGUUGCUCUUUGUUCUGUGCAAAGAGGAUGUCGGACGAAUGAUCAAGUAUACGGGCUAUGGAAACGCAGCCGGACUGUUCGCCAACCGAGGCAUCCUCGACUGCCGGCGGGUGGAGUCCGCCGACUACUCUUCCGACAGCGAGGACAGCGACACCGAGGAGUACAAGCAGCAGCAGCAGGGCAUCAAUCCUGUCCUGGGCUGUGUGGAGCCGCGGGGCAAGCCAAACCCGCUGGACGAGAUGAGCGAGGAGCAGAAGGAGUACGAGGCCCUGCAGCUGGUCAAUCUCAUUGAGCAGUUGCGUCAGGGCGGGAUCGUCAAGCCGGCGCUGAUUGAUAAGGAUGGGCGACCGCAGCCGCUGGAGCACAUCCUCCAGCUGCAGGAGGAGCUGCCGCAACAGCAGCUCGACCAGAAGCGGAAAACCUAAGCCUCAAAUCUAUCCCGGGGUCUGCUAUGGCACAACUUCCAAGAAGCUACCAAAUAAUCACCCCGAACUCUGCAUUUAUUUCAUAGGUUUACUACCGAAAGUAGCUUUGAAUGUGUUCCAAAAGCAGAAUAGCUUGGCAUUGUUAUUGUAAUCCUGUCUUUAAAAGUUAGGUUAUCAUUAUUAUUUUAUAACACUGCUAUCGAAAGCAUCUCAUUAUAAUUCUACAAGCUGUUUUCAGGACAGUGUGAAAAGUAUCUACAUAUUUAAUUAACAGUUUUCUUGUAGCCAAACUAUUAUUGAUUUCACAUAAGUGUUAGCUGUAAUCACUAUAAUCUACCAUAUUAGGCUCAAUUUGUAGAGUUACUAUUUCCAAAAUUUUUAUAAAUUAUUUAGCUUUGAGUAUUACUUUGUA